AGUAUGUAUUUUUAAAAUACUUACAAAUACCAGAAAUUUGUAAGCAAGAAGUACUUGCUAAUCGUGUAGGACUCGGCAGAACUCCAUAAAUACUGUUUAUUAUGGGAAUUAAUUCAGUUGGGUAAUUUCCAAGGCAUCACUGGUUAUUUAAACCUUCACAAUCAAGCUGUUGGCAAAACAUGCUCUCCCCCUCCCUCUCUCUCUCUCUCUCUCUCUCUCUCACACACACACCGUAUCUUCCAUUUUCUCCUCCUUUAUGUCACUUUUCCUCCAGCUCUCUCACUCAGAUGAGAUGUGAUGUGCUCUUCUCGCGCGUUUCUGGUCCCUUUCACGACUUUUACGCAUAAUUAAGUCGUGAUUACGCAUCUUGAGAGCACGAGCUGAUUCAUCCAGGUUAAAGAUAUCACUCCGUGCAGAAGCAGGAGUAAGAUAGCGCGCAAAACGCAGCGCGAGGAGCGCCCGUCGCUGUCCGGGCUGGGCGCGAGAACGCGCGCGGUCGCGGCCGGCAUCCUCGGCGUGGCCAUGGUGCUGGUGCUGGUGAUCCUCAUCCCGGUUCUGGUGAACGCGGCCGGAACCGACGCGCGCUACGAGACGCUCAGCGCCUGCAGGAUGGUCUGUGAUCCCUACGGCACCAUCAAGCCGCCGGCGCGCGCCACCGCAAGCGACCCGCGCUCCAUCCAGCCUCCGACCACUUUUCUGCGCGGUCCGAAAGGUGAACCGGGGCGCACGGGGCGCACUGGCCCGAGGGGUGACCCAGGUCCACCUGGACCACCUGGCCCGCCGGGAAAAGUCGGAAAUCCAGGACCACCCGGGUUACCCGGACCUCCGGGAGUGAUCGGUGUGAGCAGCGGCGUCGUAAACGCGGCCACGUACACCACAGUACCCAAAGUCGCUUUUUACGCAGGGCUCAAGAAGCAGCACGAAGGCUAUGAGGUCCUCAAGUUCGACGAUGUGGUCACCAACCUGGGCAACCACUACGACCCGGGCACCGGCAAGUUCACCUGCUCCAUCCCGGGAAUCUAUUUCUUCGUGUACCACGUGCUCAUGCGGGGAGGCGACGGCACGAGCAUGUGGGCAGAUUUGUGCAAAAAUAACCAGGUGAGGGCGAGCGCCAUCGCUCAGGAUGCAGACCAGAACUAUGACUACGCCAGCAACAGCGUGGUGUUACACUUGGAGCCUGGAGACGAGAUCUACAUCAAGCUGGACGGCGGCAAAGCGCACGGAGGGAACAACAACAAAUACAGCACGUUCUCUGGGUUCAUGAUUUACGCAGAUUAACCCGGGACAGGACUUGCCGCUUACGUGAAAGUUAACCUGCCUGGUCUUUUCACUCAAGAGGCAUUCAAAUGAAAGGAAACGCUGCGAAUAAACGCAAUUACAGUGUUCACUUGUGAUUAAAAGUUCUCGUCCUUAAAGCUGGACAAGACGGUAUCGGAUCACGAUGGUUAUGAUAGUGUAACGUGUGGAAACAUCCUUUAAAAGGUUCAUUGGACGUAGUGACCUUAAGCAUGUGGUGACUUCAUCCAUCAGUUAGAUUAUAGACGAUUCACUGUGAGGUAUGGAAAAGAAAAGUUCGGUUAAGUAAUCAUGUUGUGUUUGUUUGCUGGUCAGUUUUGUGCUCAGUCACAUGUUCUGAUGAGCUUCAUUUUGAGUUUUACUAAGACGACCUACUUAGAAGUAAAAACGGUUCUGCAGAAGAUUCACGCCAACGUCAAUAUAUUGUACCUCAUUUGAUCUUUGUAUCGCUUUAUUAUUGAAUAGCAUAAACAUUGUGCGAUCACGAAAAUAAAAGAAACGUCUCUAGUGCUGUUCUUGCAAAGCAUUAUGGGUCAGAGAAAGGUCAGCAGUGUAUACCUAUGGCACGAGACUGGAACCAGGUUCAAUCUCAAUCCUGAUAUUCCUCAUACCUCUUCUCCUAACACUUUUCAAGGAUUCAUCUUAUCAUCCUGAGCUCAGAAAUUCGGGUCUCGAAGAUGCCAAGUCGGCCCAUCUGGGCGAGAGGAGCAUACGCUCUCUCCCCGUCAAUCACAGCGAUACUAGCCAAUCACGGGCGUCUGUGAGAUCAGUUAUGCGGAAGAGGGUAGAUAGCACUUUCCUCCGAGUGUGUUACGCGGUCAUGUGAUGCAUCGUGAGCAGCAGUACGAAAAAGAUGCACGUGUCACGGAGUAAGCACGUGUUAGCCUUCGUCCUCCGCACCCUUCCUAGGGCAAACUCCAAAGGAUCCUUCGAAAAUUUUAUAACGCCAAAACCAGUGUUUUUGGUCACACGGUCAAAAAACAUACAAAUGGACGUGUAAGAACAAGUAAGCGUUUCAUGUUAAUACACAUUUCUCUCCCCCCCCCCCGCCCCAUUUUUAUAGAAUUUCGAUCACUACAAAUUGUAUUAUUUCCGUUAUUUCUUUUCAUCCAUUUAGUGUUUCAUUUUCUCAGUGCUAUAAAUUCAAUCUUCAUUUGCCAAAAUGAAAAAUGGUAUACGGUCUGCAUUUAUAUAGCGCUUUACACUGGUUCUCAUUCACCCAUUCACACACACACACACACACACACACACACACACACACUCACACACCAAUGGUAGCAGAGCUGCCACGCAAGGCGCUAACUUGCCAUCGGGAGCAACUCGGGGUUCAGUGUCUUGCCCAAGGACACUUCGGCACGUGGAGUCACGCGGGCCGGGAAUCGAACCGCCAACCCUACGAUUAGUGGACCACCCGCUCUACCACCUGAUCCACAGCCGCCCACAAAAAAAAGUCAAAUAUACACGUCAUCAAAUCAUUGUGGUUCCAUUAGAAAAUCUUAUAUAGUGAAAGCAAUGAGAUGAUGAGCAUUAACACUCUACUGCAUGAUUCUUCUACAUUAAAAAAUGUUUUGAUGGAUUUUUAUUACUAGAAUUAGUAAGGCAACAAUGUGCAAUCAUGGAAAGUAUCAUAUAGUAAAAAAAUAACACAAAAUGUAUGAGAUUAUAAUUCCAAUUACUGCAUUUUCUGGACUAUAAAUUGCUGAUUUUUUUUUUUUUGGGAAGGGGGGGUAUUUUUGCCACCUAGUAAACAUGUAAAAGUUCCAUCUUCUAGAAAGGAAAGUAAGGUAAGAAAGUAUGUGGACGGAUUUUACUCACUCAAAAUACAGCACAUACAAAAAUUCGAUCCAAACAUGUUUUGGGUGAAGUAUCUCUUUAAUUCUUUCUCUUGAAUUCUUAAUUCUCUCUUGACACAUACAAUUUUGAAAAUAAUUGCAAUUGCAAAAUGUCUGAAAUGACACGUUUUUCUUACUUUGAAGGUGAAAAUUUUUUAAAAUAUACUAUUAGAGAAGCUUAGGGUCUUUUUUUUUUUUUUUUUCUCUACGUAGGCCUGUUUCAAUUCAUGAUGCACAUACUACAGUUCCGUUAUCGCAUGUUGUUGCCAUAUGGCAACAAUUACAUUUGACCAAUUACUAAAAUACUUAAAAUAUAUAAACUUGUUUAAAUGACAAAAAAAAUAAAUGUUAACAUAUCUCAGAUAGUGUUUACUGUUUUUUUUUUGUUUGUUUGUUUGUUUGUUUUCCUUUAAAUAGAUUUGUCUAAAAAUUAAUCAAAUUUUCGGAGCCCUACGACGAUGACCUUCACCAUGCCAUGCAGAAAAGGAAGUGGAAACAGCACUUCCUGGUCAUCUGACAUGGCAUUUUAUUUUAUGUCAAAGUUAAAGCACCCCUUUUCCCAGUUACAAAGGAAAAUAAUAGCGUUGUAUUAUUGCCCAUCAAAAAAAAAAAAAAAAAAAAAAAAAUGGAGCUACAUUAAUUGUUGCCAUAUGGCAACCUCAUGCAGUAAAGGCUCACAUACCAAGCUAUUUUGACUAUCGCUUAUUAAUUGU